AUGCUUGAGUCAGCGAUACCUGAGCAUCUCCGGUGCACCCGCACUCGGGCAGCACGCUUGCCAUCGGCCGGCUUUCAACCCCCUUAUCCGUCUUACAGCGUGCGGUUCCCCAAGCAUGCCUCAGAACUUGUCAUGGCUAUCAUUGGCGCCCAGUAUCCCUCAGCCGCGGACGCCGAUGGAGCGGCUCAAUCGACACUGUCGGGAUUUUUGACGUCCCCGGCCAACAACAGCCCCUCAUUCUUCGAAUGGGCUUCUGUUACCGACAACAGAGGUUGCUACAACCUCUCGGCUCUAGCUUACUGGCCGAGCAAAGCCGCGUACGAAGCUUGGUUUGAGCACUCAGGAUUCGGCGCGUGGUGGCAGGCCCUUCGACUAGAAGACUGCCAGCAUGGAUGGUUCCUCGAGAUCUUCUUUCCGGUGAUGGAACGCUUUGAAACCCUCUUCAACACCACCAACACUCCCGAAGGCUCCGCCCACAUGGGGGAUGGCAUGAGCGGAGAGGUACAAGAACACGGUUACUGGGGGAGCAUGCGUGACCGCCUUCCUGCUUCCCAGACUGAUGGUCUUACGGGCAGUCCCGCCACAGCACAAGAUUUCAACAACGCCCCCCAAUCAUCCGGAACCGGUGGCGUUCGGGUCAAGAUCAAGGGCAAGAAGAACCUUGCUGUCAUUCGUUCUGGACAGGACUGGCUCGACACGUCCCCGGAGGAGCGGCAGUUGUACCUCGAGACGAUGCAUCCGGUGCUGAUCAAGGGUAUGGACUUCCUGCGAGACCACGGGGACGAGGUUGGGUGCUACAGCUGCCGUUUCAUGGAAAUCAUCGACCCUGUCACAAGGAAGGCUGACAAGGACCGCACUUUCGGGCUGGCCUAUUUCGACGACAUUGGCUCCCUCGAGCGCUGGUGCAAGGAACAUCCAACUCACCUUGCAAUAUUUGGCGGUUUCCAUCGGUAUGCGAGGAAGUUGGGAAACAACGUCACCCUCCGCGUCUUUCAUGAGGUCAUGGUUCUUGAGCCUGAGCAGCAGGUCUUUGAGUAUGUUGCCUGUCACAACGGGACUGGAAUGCUAGGAACGGCGAGAGAAGAGUAG